UAAUAAGAAUGCAUAGAUCAUAUUCAUCAGGUAAAAAUUCCACAAUUUAUAACCCUUGUGCAUUAUAUGAACUUAGGUUUUUUUUUUUGUUUGUUUGUUUUUUAAUAAAAGGAACUGCAAGAGUUUAUAGUGCCUCGUCACAGAAAUGCAUAGCUAAGCUUGAGGGACACGAGAAUGACAUUUCCAAGCUUUGCUUUAACCCACAGGGUAGUCAUAUUUUAACUGGAAGUGCUGAUAAAACCGCCAGAAUGUGGGAUCCGCAUACAGGCCAGUGCCUCCAGAUAUUGGAGGGGCAUACAGAUGAGAUAUUUUCAUGUGCUUUCAACUAUGAAGGCAAUACCAUUAUUACAGGCAGUAAAGAUAACACCUGCAGAAUAUGGCGCUGAGAUAGGAAUGUAAUGGAGGAAAAGAUAAUAGCAUG